AUGUGUCUAGUCAAGGUGCAUGAGGAGCCGGACGUCGUGGUGCCCUACCGCGUCGCGAGCAGGCGCCGCUCGCACUAUUCGUCCUACUCGCCCCCGCGCUCCGCCAGGCUAUCGCGCACCAUCGUCGACGAGCGCCGCCCGCCGUCGGUCGUGUCGCACCACUUCGAGAAGACCAGAGUCAGUGCUGUCGACGCCCCGCCGCCAAAGGCCAUCCCGCCGCCGCAGCCCGUCCCCGUCUUCGUGAAGCCUCCUUCGCCGCCGCCGCCGCCGCCUGCGCCGCCGCGGCCCGCGAGCCCGCCUCUUGCCCACCACCUGGUCGAGGUGUCUCCAGCCUCCAGCCGCACCAGCAUCAGCGAGAGCGACUACAUCGUUCGCGAGCACGAGGUCCAUCGCCAUCGCGCCACUGAGUACUCGCCCUCCCGAUCGUCCGUGACUGAUCACUCGCCUAGAUACGAGACGUUCAGGUACAUCGAACCGCCGGACGAGCACCGGUACCACCAGCAUCACAACCACUGGUCGCGGUCGAGCGAGCGCAGCGCGAGCAGAGACCGGCGCAGCCGUUACGAUGACGACCCGCGCGAGAGCUACCGCUCCACGCGCAUCGAGGUCAGCAGCUCGCGCAGGCCCAGGGAGUACUGGCGGUAG